AUGUCCGGAACAAUUCCUUUGUUUUUGAAACAUUGUCACAAAUUAGUUACCCUUGAUCUUGGUGAAAAUAAAUUGCAUGGCAGAAUUCCAACAUGGAUAGGAAGAAACCUCUGGUCGUUGAGAGUUCUUCGUCUGAGGUCAAACGUUCUAUAUGGUACCAUCCCAAUGAAUAUAGUGAAUCUCACUUCUCUCCAGCUAUUGGAUCUUUCUUCCAACAAUCUAACUGGCAGUCUACCAUCAUCUCUUGGAAAUUUCAGCGCCAUGGUUGAGAUACAAAAUAAUAUCACGUCAGUGCUUCAUAUCGAAACAUAUUAUUAUGAAGAGAGCAUCUUGAUGACCACAAAAGGAUCAACGAUUGAUUACACAACCAUUCUUUCGCUGGUGACAUGCAUAGACUUGUCAAAUAAUCAUCUCUCUGGUGAAAUCCCAAAAGAACUGACAAAGCUUCUCGGAUUGCGCUUCCUAAACUUAUCCAACAAUCAUUUGACGGGGAGGAUUCCAGAAAAGAUGGGUGACAUGAAAAUAUUGGAAUCGCUUGACUUAUCUGUGAACAGUCUGAUCGGGGAGAUACCUUCAAGCUUUUCUGCUAUGCAUUUCCUGGAACGUUUGAAUCUGUCUUACAACAACUUAUCAGGAAAAAUACCCACGAGUGGUCAAUUGUCGACCUUUGACUCAUGGACAUAUGUGGGUAAUAAAGGCCUUUGCGGUAUGCCGCUGCCAGAUUGCCCUGUUUAUCAAACUCCACCUGACGCCAGAGUUAAACAUGAAGAUGAUGGGAAGCUCGACAAAUUAUUGGAGUACACCAGUAUUGUGGUCGGAUUUGUGGUUGGCUUUUGGCUGUUUAUUGGCACACUCAUCUUGAAGCAGGCCAUCAGAUUCGCUUUCUUCCGAUGGAUCGACAAAACCAGCGACUGGGUCUAUGUUCAGUUUGCAGUAAAACUUGCGAAGCUCAAAUCCAAAUGGCAAACGAUGACAUGA